AUGGACAAUAAGUAUCGAAGAACACCAUUACAGAAGGUUGAUGUUGUUAUAUCGAGGAAGGUGAAGACACUUAGAUAUGAAGAAUUUGUUGUUUCAGAUAUGAAUGGAAACUUUGUGUUCAAAGUUAAAGGCACAUCUUUUGGAUGGCAUGAUAAGAGAGUUAUUCUUGAUGAUGCAGACAAUCCCUUGAUCACUCUCAAACAAAAGAUAUUAACUCAGCAUUUGAGAUGGAAUGCAUUUAAAGAAGAAAGCACAGAUGAGAAAGACUUUUUAUUUACUAUAAAGACAACAACCAUAUUUCAGUGGAAGACCGAAUUGGCUGUUUUCUUAGCAAAUAACAAUUCUAAGGAGAAGGUGUGA